AUGGCUUCUGUAUUGCAACACUCCGAUGAUGACGUGAGGCAUGUGCUCUCUCAAGAUGCGCAUUCAGUCUCUUUGCAUACUCUGGGCGUCAAAAGAGUUGAUGCUGCACAACUGCCCGCCAACAACCCAUGUGAAGACCGCUAUAACCUUUCUCAGUCACUCACUGUCUGGGAAGGCGAGAGCUGGGUAGCAAGCACAAUAUUCGAUGGUCAUUAUGGGUGGCAGACUGCAGACCACCUUGAGAAGGAGCUGUUGAAAGCCGUUCAAGCCAAACUGAACAAACUCCAGUGGGACUCACGUACCGACCAAUCCAUCCAGCACGCUAUUGAAACAGCCUUUGAGGAGCUUGACGACUCCAUCAUCAGGGGCUAUGUAGACUGCGCGCGAAACAAGGACAUGGCCCUCGAGCACAAGGUGCCCUACAUGGAGGUUGCCAUGGCUGGGUCAUGUGCCCUACUCGUGCUAUACAAUCCCAAAACCAAGACCAUAUACACAGCUUGCACGGGUGACUCGAGAGCAGUACUCGGAAAGCAGACUGCCGACGGUAUGUGGGAGCCGUUGGCCCUCUCCGAAGACCAAACCGGUGCAACCGAAUCAGAGGUAGCCAGACUUAGAAAGGAACAUCCAAACGAGGAAGUUAUCACACAUGGUAAUAGGGUCUUGGGUUUGGCAAUUUCUCGUGCCUUUGGUAACUUUCCAUGGAAAUCAUCACAUGAGGUUCAAGAGGAGCUUGGCAAAAGGUUCAUCCAGGGCAAGCCGAAGGAAAAGACGGAAAUUCCCACCCCGCCGUACCUUAUCGCCAAGCCUGUGGUGACCAUCACGAAGCUAGAGGCCGAGCAGCCGGCUUUUCUCAUCCUGGCGUCUGACGGCAUAUGGGAUAACUUUGAAAAUUACGAGGCGGUGGAGCUUGUGGUGCGAUGGUUGGAGGCCCAGCCGGAGAGCAACCUGGAGGAGAUGAAGAUGAAGUUGAAAAUCACGCCAGAGACUGCAUGGUGGAAGAAGGAGCCGCAAGCGGAAGCAGACUACCCCGCGGGCUUUGACUUUCUUGAGCGCUGGAACGAUUUCGACAUCAGGUUUCGACAGGAAAGGGCCGUCAUUGAGGACCUCGACAACGUCGCGGUUCAUCUUCUGCGAAACGCGUGUGGUGCCAACCAUCGAGAACUUCUGAGGGGGAGGCUCGCCUAUCGACCACCAUUUGCGCGGGAUGUGAGAGACGACAUGACUGUCCAGGUUUUGUUUUUUUUAAAUUUAUAG